UUCUAAUUCUAAUUCAAAUCUUCACCUUUUUACUGUUUUUCUUAUAAUCUUCAUUUUUCAGUGUUCGUCAAUGAUUGUAAAUGAUAUUAUAUGAUCUUCGUCGCCGGAAUUGUGUUGUAGAGUAUGACUUGAAGUUCGAAUUGGUUUUCUUAUUUUGUCGGUUUUCAUUGUCGAUGAUUGAUUUUUUAUCUGUUGUAAAAUGUGUUGUUGUUGUAAUCAAAUUCUGUUCGGAUUGUAGAUGAUAUAUUUUGAUCUUCGUUGUCGGAAUUUUAUUGCAGGAAUGCCCUAUUGGUCAAAACUAAAAUAGGCAAAUGGCAGAUACAAAGGGAAGUUCUUCAAGCUCACAGAUGCUGGAGAAGUUAGCUAAUUGUGAGCAUUUACAGUUAUUGAAAAGUCAAUGCCCUUAUAGCGUUACUGGAACAGUGGCAAUUGCUGUGAUAAUACCUCUAUUGCUUUCGAUCUUAUGGGUGGGCAGGAAGAAAGUUAAGCAAAGAGGAGUUCCGGUGCAUGUUGGCGGUGAAGAAGGUUUGACUAUGCGCAAUGGGAAAUUUAAGGAGUUGGUAGAGGUUCCUUGGGAAGGGGCCUCAACUGUGGCCGCUCUCUUUGAGCAAGCUUGUAAGAAACAUGGAAAUCAUCCUUUUCUUGGAACUAGGAAACUAGUAGAUAAAGAGUUUAUACAAGCCAGUGAUGGAAGGAAGUUUGAAAAGGUGCAUUUAGGUGAAUACCAAUGGGAAACAUAUGGGAAGGUUUUCAAUCGUGCUUGCAAUUUUGCUGCUGGACUUGUCAAACUAGGUCAUGAUAUCGAUACACGUGUGGCUAUUUUCUCUGAAACAAGGGCCGAGUGGUUUAUUGCAUUGCAGGGAUGCUUGCGACAGAGUAUUACAGUUGUCACCAUCUAUGCCUCUUUAGGUGAGGAUGCAUUGAUCCACUCCCUUAAUGAGACUCAAGUGUCGACCUUGAUAUGUGAUUCGAAGCAAUUCAAGAAGGCAGCUUCUAUACUUUCAAAAUUGGAAACAAUUAAAAAUAUCAUCUAUUUUGAGGAAGAUGGAGAGUCAAAUGAUUUUGGCAUCUCUGGUGAUAUGGGUAACGUAGAAGCAGCAUCUUUUCAUGAUGUUGAAAAACUUGGAAAGGAUAACCCUUCGGAUCCUAGACUACCAGAGAAGGAUGAUAUUGCUGUUGUUAUGUAUACAAGUGGAAGCACAGGGUUGCCUAAGGGAGUUAUGAUGACUCAUGGAAACAUAGUAGCUACUGCAGCAGCUGUCAUUACUGUGGUGCCUGGUCUUGGAAGGGAUGAUGUCUACUUAGCAUAUCUGCCUCUAGCUCAUGUUUUGGAAUUGGAAGCUGAGACUGUGAUGUUAGCUGCAGGUGCUGCAAUUGGCUAUGGCACAACAUUGACAUUAACUGAUACAUCAAACAAAAUAAAGAAAGGAACCAAGGGUGAUGUGUCUGUAUUGCAGCCCACCCUCAUGGCAGCAGUGCCAGCCAUUAUAGACCGUGUUCGUGAUGGGGUUCUCAAAAAGGUUGAAGAGAAGGGGGGUUUUGUUAAAAAGCUUUUCAAUGUUGCCUAUAAACGUCGAUUGGCUGCUGUAGAAGGAAGUUGGUUUGGUGCUUGGGGCCCGGAGAAAUUUUUGUGGGAUGUGAUGGUUUUUAAAAAAAUUCAAUCUGUUCUUGGUGGACGUAUUCGUUUUAUGUUGUGUGGUGGAGCUCCAUUAUCCGGAGAGUCGCAGCGUUUUAUCAACAUUUGCAUGGGGGCUCCGAUUGGACAAGGAUACGGUUUGACAGAGACCUGUGCUGGUGCAGCUUUCACCGAGUGGGAUGACGUUACUGUUGGCCGUGUUGGUCCUCCUCUUCCUUGUUGCUACAUUAAGCUUGUUUCCUGGGAAGAAGGUGGAUAUACAACAUUAGACAAACCAAUGCCAAGAGGCGAGAUUGUUAUUGGUGGACAGAGUGUGACAGUUGGUUAUUUCAGAAAUGAAGAUAAAACUAAAGAAGUCUACAAGGUUGAUGAAAGAGGGAUGCGCUGGUUUUACACAGGUGAUAUUGGGCAAUUUCAUGCAGAUGGAUGCCUUGAAAUCAUUGAUAGAAAGAAAGAUAUUGUAAAGCUUCAACAUGGAGAAUAUAUCUCUCUAGGCAAGGUUGAAGCAGCCCUGAUGUCGAGUAAUUAUGUAGACAAUAUUAUGUUAUAUGCAGACCCAUUCCAUAGUUAUUGUGUAGCUCUUGUUGUUCCUUCCCAUUCAGAACUACAGAAAUGGGCACAAGAAUCUGGCAUUCAGUACACAAGUUUGACUGAGCUGUGCGACAAACCUGAAGUAAUUAAGGAAGUCCAAGCAUCUCUGUCAAAGAUCGGAAAGGUUGCAAAGCUGGACAAGUUCGAAAUUCCUGCAAAAAUUAAAUUGAUACCAGAUCCAUGGACACCCGAGUCAGGACUAGUCACAGCUGCCCUUAAGUUGAAGAGGGAGCAGCUUAAAGCCAAGUUCAAGGAUGAGCUCAAUAAAUUAUACGCAUAAUAAUCAUGCUUACUAGACCAGUGCAACAGGGCGAAUACAAAUAGUGCCGUGCUGAAAUAAAAAUGGGUCGUCUUAUCCCUUGACGAAUGCUUACUUUGAUUUACUUGAUACUGAUUUUUUUCUCCGAACGAACUGCUGUGUAAUAUAUAUGGCUCAAUGCUGAAUCUUUUUGUGCUGGUAGAAGACUGUACAGAGCUGUUUGAUUUUCAACUCCUGUCAUUGUCUUGUACCUUCUCUGUUGAGCUUAGGUACCUUUUCUUUGUUCUUUAGAGUGAGCUAAGGUACUGUUGAUGGAUAGUACAACUCACGUGUUUUUUGCUAUUGAAUUCAAUUUCUUACUAGGCUACUAGUUCUUUAUCCCAA